UUACCUACAUAUACAACCGCGUCAGGCUAGUACGAUAAUUCACUUAACAUGUUUCCUAUUUUUACAAUUUGCUUUUUAAUUGCAAUUUCUUCAAUAUCUUUUGCAAAUAUUUCAAAUUUCACUGAACUUUACAAAGACAUCGAAGAGCUAAUAAACUUGACUGAAACCUUCCAUGGAUUGGAGAAUAAUAAUGAAUAUUUCGUGAAUUUCGAUAGCGCCAAAAAACCAAUUGAUUAUGGUACUUUCGAUUUUAUUAUUGUUGGAGCAGGAACUGCAGGAGGCGUAGUGGCUAACAGAUUAACAGAAACCAAUUUUAAAGUUUUAUUAAUCGAAGCAGGGCCUCGCGAUCCCGAUACCGUAUCAGUGACGGCUCUUGGUGCAUAUUACUAUAAUACACCGUUGGAUUGGGGAUAUAAAACCACUGUCCAAGAUAAUUUUUGUCUUGCAACAAUUGAUAAACGAUGUAUUUAUCCAAGAGGUAAAAUGUGGGGUGGUACCAGUAGCACUACCGGUGGAGUGUAUAGCAGGGGUAGCAGAUGGGAUUAUGAUGAUUGGGCAAAUCUUGUGGGCAGUAAUGACUGGUCCUAUGAAAAAGUUUUGCCUUAUUUCAAGAAAGCUGAAAAAGCAUUUUUCAAAACUGGCUUGGAUGCAAGUUAUCAUGGAUUUGAGGGUCCUCAAGGGGUAGACCUAUUAGAAGACACACCGGGAUUGACUAAAACUCUACUAAAAGCUUUUGAAGAAAAAGGAGUACCCGAGCUGGAUUACAAUGGAAAGAGUCCAUAUGGCGUGGGUAGGACUCAAAUAUAUUUAAACAGAAAUAUUCGAACUGGAACGGCAUAUGCUUACAUAACUCCAGCAUCAAAUAGAACUAAUCUUGUUAUAAGUGACAAUUCUCUGGUUACUAAAGUAAAUAUUGUCGAAAACAUAGCUGUGGGCGUAGAAUUCAUUAAAAACGGAACGGCCUAUUUUGCCAGGGCCUCAAAAGAAGUAAUUUUAUCUGCUGGUUCUAUAAAUACACCACAAAUCUUGAUGUUAUCAGGCAUCGGUCCUUCGCAAGAACUAAAAAAACAUGGCAUAGAAGUUAUCAAAAAUUUGCCAGUAGGACAAAACUUACAAGAUCAUGUAGGAUGUACGGCAAUAUAUUUCAGAACCAACCAUACUUAUUAUAAUCUCACUCUAAAACAAGCACUCGAGCUCUGGUACGAAAAUAAAAGACCAUUGAAAGCUGGCUGGGGCAGUCAAAUAUUGAGUUUCAUAAAUCUCAAAAACGACAAAUUUAAACCACCAGAUGUCGAAUUUAUAGGUAUUGGUCCUAAUGGUGCAUCCAGUGAAAUAGCAAAACUAAAUAGAUAUAAUCAAAACUACACAGCUGCAUAUAAAAUACUGAACCAGUACACUGAUUUAGCAUUUACUGUUAUAUUGCUCCAUCCGGAAUCAAAAGGAGAACUAACACUUCAGUCAAAUGAUCCGCGAGAUUUUCCAUUGAUAAACCUCAAUGUUUUUGCUGUUGAAAAAGAUUUAGAAAUAUUGUACCAAUCAAUAAAAUGGUUACUCGAUAUACAGAAUACCAAUGCUUUCAACCACUUUGAACGCUUGCACCUACUUAUGCCAGGUUGCGACGAAAAUUUCAAAACUGAUUCCAGAGAGUGGUGGUAUUGUGUGCUAAGACAUAUUGCAUCUCCUGAUUACCAUCCUAUAAGUACAGCAAUAAUGGGAAGAGAUCCCAGUAACUCUGUUACCGAUCCGGAACUUAAAGUUCAUGGAAUUCGAGGGCUUAGAAUUGUAGAUGCUAGCGUAGUCCCAAUAACCAUAUCUGGUCAUUUAGUCGCACCCGUUGUAAUGGUGGCAGACAAGGCAGCUGAUUUCAUAAAGGCUGAAUACAACGGCUUACAAAAAAAUUAAUUUCUUUCAAAUUGUAGGCCUAUAUUAUCAUUAAAUAAAAAAAAGAAGAGCUA